AUGGACUCGAUGGCAGUCGAAGAUGAUGUUCCACUCGAUCUGGAAAGCAUCGUGACACCCUGGAAGCUGCCCAGCCAAACUACCUACGUCUUGACGAGAGCAAAUGUCAUUGAUCCCUCAGACGGAAGUGUUCAGCGUAAUGUCACAGUCCGACUUAGCGGCGGUCUGGUCGUAUCCGUUGCAGAGCCAGUGUCCGAUGCGAAGAGCGCUGAAGAGGAUGCAGAAGAAGUCGAUCUGAGUGGCAAGUACAUUUUGCCCGGCCUCUGGGACUGCCACGUACAUUUGGCAGCUGUGCAAGGAAGCAUGAGUCUUGAUGAGAUCCUGCAGUAUCCGGCGCCGACAGGUCUUCUCAGGCAGCCAGAAGUAGGGCAAGCCAUGAUUGACCGAGGUUUCACGACUGUCAGAGACUGUGGUGGAGCUUUGCUGCCACUAAAGGAAGCAUUUGAGGCCGGGAUACAUCCUGGACCUCGUCUUUUCCUCGCGGGUCGUCAACUUACUCAGUCCGGAGGCUCUGGUGAUCACCGACCUCGGAGAGAUGAUAGCGAUUGCUGCGGAGGCGGCAGGCAGCUGGCUUGUCGGACCGUAGACGGUGUACCAGAGUGCUUGAAAUUCUCUCGAGAGGAGUUACGACUUGGGGCAGACUUUAUAAAAAUCAUGGGAGGAGGCGCUAUCUCAAGUCCUAGAGGGUCGUUGGGGGAUAUCGACUUUACGGACGAGGAAAUCAGAGCCAUCACAACGGUGACAUCGAAUGCGGGAACCUUCACAACCGCACAUGCAUAUACCCCUCAAGUCAUCCAGCACGCAAUACGCAAUGGCGUUUUGGGAAUCGAGCACGGCAAUUAUCUGGACAAGGCCACCGCCCAAAUGAUGGCACAGAAAGGAGUAUAUCUGACUCCUACCCUGGCGACGUCCGCGGCCGCAUCUAUGCCGGAGUUUCAUGGUUUCGUCAGUGAGAGUUCGAGAAAGAAACUUCGGAGUAGUCUGGAAAGAGGCCUCGAGGCAAUAAAGAUCGCGAAAGAAGCCGGCGUCACCAUUUGCUUUGGCACUGAUCUUCUUGGGCCGAUGCAUUUUGCACAAACGAAAGAGUUUGUGCUAAGACGAUCUGUGCAGACACCACUUGAGAUUCUUCAGAGCGCCACUGUGAACGCAGCGCGCAUGAUGAAGCACCACGAUUCGUUGGGCCGAGUUGCUCCGGGUUUCAUUGCCGAUCUUCUCAUACUCAAUGAGAAUCCAUUGGAAGACAUCACGGUAUUGGACAGGCCUGAUAAACAUUUGUUGGCGGUCUUCAAAGAAGGCAGGCUCAUGACCUCGCGCUGGUCGCGGCUUCAGCCAAAGAGUCGUAGGCCCGCAAUGAUCUUGUAG